AUGCAAGGACGACACGCCUCAACGAAGAUGCGCAUAAACGCACAAGGAGAUAAUGCCAAUCUGCCAACUAAGUUAGGAGACCAAGUGCAGAAGGAGCGAGAGAUAAAUGACGGUACACUCAUCAUUCGUGGAGGGAAGGUUCCAUCGCGAAAUGUAGAUGGUGUUGGUUUUGCUGUGCACAAAUCUGUCAUCCAUCUUGUCGAUUCUCACGAGAUCCUGUCACCUUAUCUGGCCAUUCCUCGCCUCCGCCUAAGCACCUGA